AUGGAUUUCGGAUCAGAAUACGCCGAGUCCGACGAGAGUAGCACCUCACAGUCGGAGAUGGGGCGGAGAGAUCGAUCCGAACAAGAAGACAACGAUGAGAUGGAUCCGAGAGACUUGAUGACUUCUCCUCCGCCGCUCUCGCCUUCACAGGUCCAACAACAUCCACCGUCUUCGUCUAAGCCAAUCACUUCUCGAGCCACCACGAUAAGUCGCCCAGAGGGAAACCAACAUCCAAAUACUCUAUCUCCGAUUGAGUAUUCAUCCGCAAACUCACUCAAUAUCCCAUCCAUACUCUCCACUAACGCCUACGGACAAGGCCCUGACGCGAGGACAUAUUUCACUCGUCCCAAUAGAUUCUUCGGUGCCCCUGCUACCUGGAAGUCCUGGACGCAGACCGAACGCGAUCUUGCCAAGGGAAUUGAUCGCGCUAGAGCUACGGAUUUGACUCUUCAUCUAUGCGGUGCGUUUGCUUUGAGGAGGGAAUUAGCCGAAGUCGCGAGCAGCGGGAGACGAAGGUCAGGGACGCUCAAGGCGAAAGGAAAGGGGAAGGCGCGAGCAAACAAUGUUGACGGAGAUAGAGAUGAGAGUCAUGGUGAUGACUCUGGUGACGAGGAAGACAACGAGCGCAAUCGCGCAGCACUGGUAUCCUCAGGGAAUUUCGCUCUCCCGAGAACUUGGACGGUCUGGCCAAUGCUGGGGCACCAGGUUCCCAGAGAAGAAUUACUUCCACGACUGGGGGCUGAGGGUGAGUGUAGGGCAAGACCUGACAUGCGGCCAAGCGCAGCUUUGGAAGAAUGUUUGAUUGCAACAGUGACGAAGUUGGCUAGGGAGAGAUGGAGUCGAAGAGACUGGCAGGAUGAUCAAAAGACGGACGACAUUGAAGAUGAGAAAGCGGACAGCAGACUGCUGAUACGUCAUGGAAGUGGCUUUGUUGAUCAAGAUAACGGGGCUGAGGAUGCACUCGAAAAUGACCACCAGGAAGAUCUAGAUCCUGAUCGAUCUGAUCCCGGGGAAGAAAACUCCAUCGACGACAACGCUGAAGAGCAAAGCGAGGAGCAAGAAGACGACCCAGACUACCCAAUGUUUACAUCCCAACCUUACGCAUCACCGAUCUCCUCUGCUUCGGAAACAGGCACCUCAUCAUGCGUCAAAAAGGAGCUUGAUUCUCCUCUAUCAAAUUCAUCCUCAUUGGACCUUCUGGUCAAUUCACGCCCCGUCCCACUUGCAGACGACCGUCAAGCACGCGAACUAUUCCUACCCAGUGCACGACAUAUUCUGGCUAGGCUCGACGCGCUGCUUCUCGGCCUGCAUAAAGCGCGUGCCGCAUAUGCAGGAAAACGCACUGGGAAGCCACGCGGGAGAAGUAGUAGUCAACUUUUGAGUGCGGAUCCCGCUCGCAGUGCGAGUCUCCCACGGACUCCUCAGACAACAGAGAUACGAGGUCGAGGGCGAAGUCGAGGCAACCCACUGCAGCGAGAUGCUUCUUCCAGAAAUAACGACGCCGACGGUGAGGACGAUGAGGACGAUGCGGCGCUCCAAUCUACGCUCCAAUCUUGGUCUCACUUCCACCACCGCACUUCUUCUCCUAAUAUCGACCACUCCACGCCAUCCACACCACAGUUUAUGAAUAGUCAAGACAGCCACCAGAAGCGCAAACGUCCAGUCCAGCGAACGAAAAAGCUCCCCCCGCGCGAUUGGAGCGACGUAGUCGGUAUGGCGGCGCUUGCUGGUUGGGAUCCCAACGUUGUCCAGCGUGCCAGUGAGCGCUGUGCGGGCUUAUUCGGCGAGAAUAUGUUGUUUCGAACUUUUUUCGAGCGGGAGAGUGAAGGCAACAGAUCAAUGUACAAGGUCAACCAUGGAAGCACCAACCAGUCGUGGUAUACCGAGCAGCUUGCAUUGGAUGAUGAGAGUCCUCCUUGUAAUAGUCCUGCAGAAGAAGAACAAGAGCGGGAAGGCCAAACAGUCGUUGACAAGAUCCGUACAUCUGCACCCUGCACGCAAUGUCGAGAGGGAAGAUUUGGCUGUAUGGCCCCAGGCAACGAAGACAACAACGGCAACAAUGAUGUCGAGGCGUCCGAGACACGAACUGGACUAGGAACCGGGCGAGUGAGGUGCAAACGCUGUACACAGAGAGGAUUCGAGUGCUCUGGUAUCACAGUGCGGGAGAAUCGUGAACGAGUCUGCCCACACCAGAGCUGCGAACGGCACGAUAUUCCGUUCCGGAAGAUGUAUCAUUUGCGGCGGCAUCUGAAUGCCAUACAUGCAGACAGGUCUCCUGCUGUUGAUGGGCGCGACGCCAGCCGCGGAAGAAAUAGGAGUCUGAUGCGACGCUCGACCUCCUCGGUUGGCGCAAGCUCUGGCUGCGAACUGAUGACGGACACAGACAGGAACAUGGAUGUAGACUACGCGGCCACUGGCGAACCCUACGACUUCCUCAAUAUCGAUGGCCAAUCUAGAGACACAAUCGUCUGUCCCGUGUUCGACUGCAAGAGACACCGGAUUCCAUUCUCCCGCGGAGUCAAACUGUACGACCACGUGAGACGCAUGCACCCGCAUGUAGAUGUCGAGGCCCUCAAGAAAUCGGAGACGAGCCGCAGAGGCGAGCAUAGAGGGAGACCCAAGAGCAAGAGUAAGAGCCAGUCUCAGAGUCAGAGUCGUAGUCAGAGUCGGGUGAGGAGGGUACCCUUCGUACAGGUUCAGAUUUCUGAGGAUCCCGAGGGAUAA